GAGUGCACGUACUCUGACGUUUCCGAUAAACAAAACGAUCGUUGAUAAUUUUAAAUAACCGCGGGGUGCCGUUCGGCGCGAUUGGUUUUACCAACGUUUUUUGCAUUGCUGUGCCGUUUGUGCAACUUACGGACGCCGUGUCCAUUGAUGUUAGAUUGUCCACUUAAUUUAGUUAAUUUUCUCUAUUCUAUUGAAGUCAGCAAAUAUUUGAAACCCUUACAGGAUCAGUUUCUUUCUUCUUAGCUCAUCAGCCGCGAAGGCUGCACCACCAUCUGUUCCCAGAACAAUGACCUAGAGGAAGAAGUAAUCGAACCAGUGCUAGAAAAUUUACAUGAAGCAUCUAAAAAAGUGUCCGAAUCGUUAGAUCUAGAUAAUCAUUUUAACCGUCUAGUCUAAGGCGCAUAAUCAAAAUGACGGUGAUGGGAAAAAUUUGCAGGCGAAUGUCGCCAAAGGGCUUCGCCCUAACGGCCAUCGGUCUAACAGUUGUCCUCUGCGUGUAUUACACUAGUUACACCUCGGACGUGGGCAAGAUUUCCAAUCAGACCGGCGACAGAUUGGAAGUCAAGUCACAGAGACUUAUCGAUAAGCUCGGCGGUGCCAGGAGAGUGAUGGAGAAGAAGGAGUUCGAGGUCUGUCCCAAAUUGACGGCGGCCGAGACCGACGUCAACACCGUCGACGUCUUCAAGGACUUCGAAUUUCAGCCCGCUUGGAUGAAGAGCAAGGAGUAUUGGGACAAAACUUUCGAGGAUCGAUUCGAGAGGCAGAAAAUGGAUGCAGAUCGACCUCCGUUAAAGGUCAUAAUAGUCCCUCAUUCACACAACGACCCAGGAUGGCUAAAAACCUUCGAACAGUACUUCCAGUACUCGUCGAAGCAAAUCAUGAACAACAUGGUGGCCAAGCUGCAGCAGUACAAGAACCUGACGUUCAUCUGGUCCGAAAUUUCGUUCCUAAACGCCUGGUGGGAAGAAGCUCACCCCAACAAACAACGUGCCCUUAAAAACUUGGUUCAAUCUGGACGACUGGAGAUCACAACUGGCGGUUGGGUCAUGACAGAUGAGGCCAACGUCCACUUGUACGCCAUGGUGGACCAACUCAUUGAAGGACAUCAAUGGUUGUGGACGAACCUGGGCAUCAAACCCAAAUCGGGUUGGUCAGUGGAUCCCUUCGGUCACGGUAGCACUGUUCCUUAUUUGUUGUCCGCUUCCGGCAUUAAGGGUACCGUCAUCCAAAGAAUACACUAUGCCUGGAAGCAGUGGUUGGCUCUGAAGCAGUACGGCGACUUCAGAUGGGUACCCAAUUGGAGCCCGUCCGAUUCGUAUGGAUCCAUGCUGACCCACAAUCAGCCAUUCGACAUUUACAGCAUCAAACACAGCUGCGGACCGCAUCCCUACAUCUGUCUCAAUUUCGAUUUUAGAAAGGUCCAGGGAGAAUACACGGAGUACUCACUGAAGGCGCAAGCUAUUACUGAUAAAAAUGUCAAGGAAAAGAGUGAGCUACUGCUGGAACAAUACGCCAGAACUGGCUCAUUGUUUCCUCACAACGUCGUUUUGAUGCCACUAGGAGACGAUUUCCGCUACAACGUGGAGGAGGAAUGGGAUCAACAGUACGUCAACUACGAAAAACUCAUCGAUUACAUAAACAAACACAAGGACAUGUACAAGGCGGAGGUUUCAUUCGGUACUCCCGCCGAUUACUUUGAAGAGAUCAUGAGAAGGUAUGAUCAGUUCCCGACACUUAGAGGCGACUUCUUCGUAUACUCCGACAUAUUCGCCGAAGGCAGACCGGCUUAUUGGUCUGGAUAUUUCACCACUCGACCAUUUAUGAAGUUAUUAGACCGCGAAUUGGAACACACUCUGAGAGGAGCUGAAAUUCUGUACACGAUCGCAUUGAACAACGCAAAGCAAAACAAAUUGACGCCUCACUUGAAAAUCAUCGAAAGAGACUUUGAGAAACUGGUGCGUGCCAGGAGGAAUUUGGGAUUGUUCCAACAUCACGACGCAAUCACAGGCACCAGUAAAUCAUUCGUUAUGCGGGACUACGGUUUGAAACUAUUCGAGGGAAUUAGGGAUACGGUCAGCAUUCAGCAGAACGCCUUGCAAAGUUUGGUAUAUCCGUACGUCGUUAUGAAGCCUAAUCAAAACUUGAUACUCAGCGACGUAGAACGGGAAUCGUACGACAAACUACCCAAGAAAACUCCUCUACAAAUUUCGGCCACCGGAAAGAAUGCUAUAAGAAAAGUAAUUCUUUAUAACAGUCUUUCACAAGUUCAGGAGCAGAUCGUUCAGGUUCGAACGAACGUAAGCAAUGUUAAGGUAUUGAAUGCUGAUAACAGUCCAGUUCUGUUUCAAAUUAAUCCCGUUUGGGAGGCGUCCGACAAUAAUGCGAACUUCUGGAUAUCAGCAGAUGAAUACGAAGUGGUGUUUCUGGCCAAACUUCAACCAUUAUCUGUAACGACUUACAGUGUUGUGUACACCGAAGAAAGUCACGAAAAGCUAUCGACAAUUUAUUGCAACAAAUGCAAGAAGAAAACGGCCAUUUUAAAUAACGGCGAAUCCCCCGCCCCCACUAUAAAAUCAAACUUCACCCUCAAAGCAAUUCCUGUAGGCGACAUUCAAUUAGAAAACCACAAACUCAAAUUGUUAUUUAACGGAAACACUGGUUUUAUGAAGACCAUUACACGUAAACAUAAACCUAAAAUUAUGCAAUGCGCCAUUCAAUUUGCAGCUUACCGCAGUGCUCAGUUCCAUUCAGGUGCCUAUUUGUUUAUGCCUGAUCCUAACGAAAAGGACUAUGAAAAAGAUGUUCUGGAACAAUACAAGAAACAAAUGUCCGUUAUAAUUACCACUGGACCGCUGUCGAGUGAGUUAACAAUUAUUUAUGGGGCCUUUCUGGUACACAGUGUUGCUAUCUAUCACGUAGAAAACUCGAGCAUUAGUGACGCUAUACAAAUUGAAAAUACGGUUGACUUUGAAAACACACCUAAGAAUAGAGAAACUGAAUUGUUCAUGAGAAUCAUUUCGAACGUUCAAAACAACGAACCCCCUGAGUUCUAUACAGAUUUGAACGGAUUCAGUACCCAAAAGCGGGUUAAGGUCGAAAGGAUUGCUCUAGAGGGUAACUAUUUCCCUAUAACGUCAAUGGCCUACAUACAAGACGAAAACAUUAGGCUCAGCUUACUUACGAAUCAUGCACAAGGAGCUGCCAGUUGGCAACCAGGCUACUUAGAAGUAAUGUUGGAGAGAAGAACUCUAUAUGACGAUUCCAGAGGUAUGGGGGAGGGCCUCGUUGACAAUCGAAAAACCGUCUCCAAAUACUUUUUACUAAUCGAAGAUAUGUCACAGAUAGUCGAGAGUAAAGUCCCGCAAACAAAACGAUUCGAGAACUCAGACGACACUUACGAAAAAGGCGAAGUGGUCCGGACUUUCAAUGUACCGACCGAAAACGCCGAAGUCUUCAGACAAGAAACCUACUCCAGACCUUCUUUAUAUAGCAACCAUUUGUCGAACCUUUUAAAUUACCCUGCCGGUGUGUUCAUAGUCGAUCCUGAAUACCAAUCAACUGUCAAUAACUCCUUCAGGGUGUUCAACAAAAACUUGCCGUGCGACGUACACCUGCUCAAUUUGCGGACGCAGCCCGACUCGGUGUAUUCUCAAUAUCCUUCAUCGAAUGCUUUAAUGGUGCUGCACCGACAAGGAUACGACUGUCAAGUUAACAGUAAUUACACGUGUUCCUCGAAGAAGUUCAGCGAAGGCACCUCGUUCGAUUUCGUCACCGUAAAAGAUAUGGAAGUGAAGUCCCUGACUGGUAUUGAGGAAGUCGCCGGAUUAAACUCUCUAGGGGACAUGUAUUUGGAGCCCAUGGCGUUAAAAACAUUGAACGUGUCGUUCGGUUAAUGUGAUCAUUUUCUGUAGGGAAUUUUUUAGAUAUUUGUGUAUAGAUUCAUUCUCUUUACAGACUUUUAUUCAAAUUGAAUAAUCCUGGGUCAUGUCAGUUGCGUGCCCAUUAUUUUAUAAAAAUUACUGUAGAUAUUUGUAUAUAGGAGGAAUUUUAACAUAUUUAUAUGUGUAUUUGUUUUUUUAUCAAGGCAAAUUAAAAUAAUAAUUUUAGGUGUCAUUAAGUGUACUCUGUCAUUUUAUUUUAUACUUUCACAAGCACUGACUGAAAUUAUGUUAAAGUAUAAUGGGAUUUUAUGAAAAUUGAAAUUUGCAGUGAUCUUUUGUAUAACCAAUUUUAUUUAUUAAUAUAAUAUUUUAUUCGUA